UUCACUUCGACAAAUCUCUCCAUCUGAUCGGUUUCUUCUGCUUUGCGCCAGCUGCUAACCUCGCGAUCAGCCCCGCUUGUUUACAAUUCACUCGCACCGAACCGAUUCGUUCACCGAUCGCAAACAUGGCCGAAACCCAGACUCCUACCUUCAAGCUCGUCCUUGUCGGCGAUGGCGGUACCGGAAAGACCACCUUCGUCAAGCGUCACUUGACUGGUGAGUUCGAGAAGAAGUACAUGGCCACUCUUGGUGUCGAAGUCCACCCCCUCGGCUUCAGCACGAACUUUGGUCAGAUUCAGUUCGACGUCUGGGAUACCGCCGGCCAGGAGAAGUUCGGUGGUCUCCGUGAUGGUUACUACAUCAACGGCCAGUGCGGUAUCAUCAUGUUCGAUGUCACCUCCCGUAUCACCUACAAGAACGUCCCCAACUGGCACCGUGAUCUCGUUCGCGUUUGCGAGAACAUCCCCAUCGUUCUCUGCGGCAACAAGGUCGACGUGAAGGAGCGCAAGGUCAAGGCCAAGACCAUUACCUUCCACCGCAAGAAGAACCUCCAGUACUACGAUAUCUCUGCCAAGUCCAACUACAACUUCGAGAAGCCUUUCCUCUGGCUUGCACGCAAGCUUGUCGGCAACCCCGCCUUGGAAUUCGUUGCUGCACCGGCUCUCGCUCCCCCCACCGCCCAGGUCGACGAGAAGCUCCUCGAGCAGUACCGCCAGGAGAUGGCUGAGGCUUCCAGCAUGCCUCUGCCCGGUGAACUUUCGGACGAUGACUUGUAAAGAUAGAGACGCGACAUGGACAUGAUCCCAACUCGGUGGAACGGUUGAAAGGACGUCGUGAACCGAAAUUCUCUGGCGCAGACCGGCUAUAGCUGGUCACGGUCAUUAUGGUAGAAGACGGCACGGCCGGUUCGGUAUGGUAGACUCGGAGCUGAGUGGAGGGUUUUACAC